AUGCUUACAAGGUCGAAACGAGACGGAAGAAAGGUUACCUUUCAAACGUCACAACGGGGUAGAAAAAAACCUACUUCAAGAAUGACUAGGUCAUCUAAUAGAAAAGCCUUUAUUCUGUCAACUUCGUCUGAAGAAGAUCACACCCCAGAAGAAGUCGAAGUGCAUAAACAAGUUUCAGAAAGUGAGCUUGAAUCUGAAGAAAACUUUCAAAUCACUACGCGUUCUUCAAGAAAUAGGGCACGAAUCAAUUAUUCUGAUGAAAAAUAUUAUUCAAGUCGUCUUGACGAUAAUGGAAAUUCGAAAAGGAAAGCAAAAGAAUUUUCAGAUGACGAGAUUGAAAAGAAACGGAUUAAACCUUCAAAACGAGUCUUAAUAAAUAAGCGGAAAAAAUCUCAUAAAGCCGAUAAAUAUGAUUCAUCUGAACAAAAAAGACGAUCUCUUCGAAAUAAUAUAAAUCUCAAGGAGGCCAGCUACUAUGAAGGGACUUCUAAUAGUGAUGACGACGAUGUGUCAGAGUUGUCUGAACCAAAUGAAUCAUCUGAAUCGUCUGAGUCGUCUGUUCAAGAAAGGCAUGCUUUUCGUCGGAAGAUCAAGAAAAAUUAUCAUAUUGUAUCUUCAGAUGAGUCUGAUAACGAAACAAUAAUAGAAACUUCGAAUGCAUUUGAUGAACACGCCCCAAAAGCUUCAAUAACGGAGUCAGAGGUUGAAUUGCAGUAUGUACAUAUAGUGGAUCCAAUUCCUCCGUAUAAGAUGCUACGAAAGGAUGAUCCAGAAUUUAUUGAAAAGCACAUAUGGUGGUGUGAAAGAUGUGGUGACAACAAAUCCAAAGGAACUUUUGUAUAUUGCGAAAAAUGUUCAAUUACGUAUCAUCGAUCAUGCUAUCAAUUAAGGAAUAUAGUUGUGAAUGGUAUUGUUAAAUGUAAGUAUUGUAUCGAAAAUGAUCCUGAGUGCAUUAUUUGUCAUAAACGCUCGGAAGAGGAGAGCAGCAAGAAGAUAAGUGGUGAACAUCAACAACCUAAAGAAAUAAGUGUAAAUAAAGAAGUGGUAAAUGAGAUUCAACAGUCCAGCGAAGAAAUAAAUGGCGAUGAUCUUCAGCAAUCUAAAGAGGUGACCAUUAACGAAGAGGACGCGGCGUCAUCUUCCAGCUCGAUAUCAGACCCUUAUCCAAAUUUAUUAUUUCGGUGCAAUCGUUGCAAACUCACUGCACAUGAAGAUUGCCUACCUCAAUUAAAUGAAGGUGGUCCACCUGAUCUUAAUAUAGACUUUUAUCGCGAGACGUGGAAUUGUCAUUUAUGUAGACGUUGGGAAUGGGAAGUUGAUAAAAUAUUAACAUUCAGAUACAUUUCGAAAAAAUCCGAAGAUCAAUCACCUAUAUUGGACAAAUCAAACACGUUAUUAAAAGCAUCUGAAAUUGAGGUGCUUGUUAAAUUCAAAGGUCGAUCUUAUCGUAAAGUUGAAUGGGUUCCUGGGUAUUGGUUAAUGAAUGCUUCGAGUCUAAGAUAUCGAUAUUUCGUGAAAACAAACCCUGUGCCCUUAAGUGAAGAAGAUGUUAUUCCUCGUGAAUGGCUAAAAAUACACCGCGUCCUUGACAUAGAGUAUUCUAAUAAUAAAACUCUACGAGAGAAAUUGUCCUCCAAAAAGGGUGGAUCAGGCGUAGAAACAAUGAAAAGGGCAUAUAUAAAAUGGAAAGGCCUUAAGUACAUUGAAUACAUAUCUGAGUUGGAUGAAAAGAAGUUUGCUAAAGCCCUAAAAAUUCGCCGCAAAGCUUACAAAAUUGGUGUAAUGGAUCGAUUCGUGGAUAGAUCAUUUCAGGAGAUAAGGAAACAACCUGCGUGGUUGUCAAGUAAUCCAAAAUAUAAAAACAAAUUGAUGGAUUAUCACUGGCUAUUACACAACUGGAGUCUAGAAACUUCCUGCGUCCUUGCUGACGAAAUGGGGCUAGGAAAAACAAUUCAAAUAAUAGUAUUUCUUAAUAUACUAUUUAAAGAUCGCCAUUGUUACCCAUUCAUUAUUGUCGCGCCAAAAUCUACAACUGCGGGCUGGUCUCGUGAAUUUAAGCGAUGGGCUCCUAAUUUAGUCGCAGUAGAAUUUCAUGGGGACAAAGAAUCUUGUGAGGUUGUUGAAAAAUACGAAAUGUUUCCAGAUGAAUCAUCGUUGAAGUGUCACGUGGUGAUAACUACACCAGAAACUGUCCUUACUCGCUCUAGAGUCCUUUCAAAAGUUCGUAUGUGGGAAGUAAUGGUUGUCGAUGAAGCACACAGCCUGAAAGGUGGUGAUACAAGAAAAGUCUUCAGGCAAUUGAAUUCGACUUUGAAAAAUGUAUUUUACAAAGUUUUAUUAACUGGUACACCAUUAAUGAAUAGCAUAGAUGAGCUAUUUAAUUUGCUCCAUUUCUUGGGUCAUGAAGCAUUUAAAAAACCAAAGGAAUUAUCCGAGAAAUAUCAAGGACUACCUUCUGCCGAACAAUUACCAGCAUUGCAUAAGUUGUUGAAAAAUUACUUUUUGAGACGUACUAAGAACCAAGUCAAUAUAGAGCUUCCUCCAAUGGAUGAUGUAAUAGUUCGCGUUAGCAUGACUGCUGUACAAAAAAAGAUUUAUAAAGAGACUUUUGAAAAGAACGCUGAAUUUUUGAGAGAGGUCACAAAAGCAAGAUGUAAAUCAACUGGAUUUUCUAAUAUAAUGAUGAGGCUACGACAAAUCGUUUGUCACCCAUACCUUAUUAAUCGUGACGUAGAUAAUGGUGAAGAUCAUGAAAAUUAUGAAAGCUAUAACGCUGAACGACGAAAAAGGCUUGUAGAAUCAAGUGGAAAACUCAUUAUCUUGCGAGAUAUGCUAAGAAAAUUACAUGAUACCGGACAUCGGGUGUUAAUAUUCUCCCAAUUUGUUGAUAUAUUAUCAAUAUUAGAAGAAUUUUGUGAGGAUGAAGGAUAUUCACAUGUGAAACUUGAUGGAUCGACAUCAAAUGAAGUACGACAGGAGAAUAUUUCCGCUUUUCAAGCACCUGACAAGGAUAUCUUUAUAUUUUUGUUAUCAACACGCGCUGGUGGCGUUGGAUUGAAUUUGAUGGCUGCUGACACGGUGUUUAUAUUUGAUCCAGAUUUUAAUCCACAUCAAGACAUACAAGCUUUGAGUCGUGUACAUAGAAUCGGUCAAUUUAAACCUGUAAAAGUAUUUAGGUUUAUUACUCAAUUUUCAGUAGAAGAACGUAUAGUAGAAAAAGGUAAAAUAAAACUCGCCAAAAAUGAGCUUGUUGUGGAGAAAAUGGAUGAUGAAAUUCUCGACGUCGAAGAGGUAGAUGACAUAAUUCGUUGUGGAGUGCGAGCAUUAUUUAGUGAAGAUGUAAAUGAAAAACCUGUCGGAAUUUAUACGGACGAAGCAAUUGAGAAGUUGUUGGACCGUUCUCAGAUGAAGGUUGUUGAAAAAAACACGGAGUCCAAAAACUUGACCGGAUUCGCUUUCGCGCGAGUAUGGGACACCGAAAAUCAGGUCAUAAUUGAUGAGAUCAACACUGAAGAGCGGGACGGAGUUAAACCAUCAAACGAUUUCUGGGAUAAACUUCUGGCGCACGUCGCCAAGCCGUCGAAGGUAGUGACUAUUGAAGGUCGUGGGGCGAGAAAACGAAAUAAAGUUGUGAGAGAUUAUCAAUCCUCGUCGAAAAAACAGAAAAAGAAGCAACUUCCUGCGACUGAUCCAGACUUUGAUCCGUCAGAACGCAUUGAAACCUCAUCUGAGUCCAGUUCGGAUGAUCUAGAUGAUGAGGAUGUUAUGGGCAUGAAUAUGGUCGAAGAAGUUAAAUUAAGACCUGGAAAAAAUGCUCGAAAGGAAAAAGCAAAAACCCAGAGUCAAAUGGACGUUGUGGAAAAUGGACAACAAACAACAAUUAUCCCGAACCAGGUGACUAUCCCGAGCCAAGUGACUAUCCCGAGUCAAGUGACUAUCCCGAGCCAAGUGACUAUCCCGAAUCAAGUGACUAUCCCGAGUCAAGUGAACGUUAUUGAAAAUAGACAACAAACAAUUGUUCAGAAUAAAGUGAAUGUAAUAGAAAAUAGGAAUCAAACAAAUAUUCAGAAUCAAGUGAAUGUUAUGGAAAAUGGACAACGAAUGACACCCGGUUCAGAGGGUGGGAACACUUAUGUUAGACAGCCGUUAACAUACGUUAGACAACCGUUAACAUACGUUUCAGGUGAAAUGGUCAAUUAUCAACAAAAACAAUUAACGCCGGUUUCGACAGAAAGAGGCAAUAUUCAACAUAACUCUCGUUAUAUCGCACCAGUAUAUAAUCAGAAGAGUUCAGAAUCUCCGACAGUACUAAAUAUACAACGGCAGCAACAAUAUUUUGCACAAUUGCGCAUGCAGCAAUAUUAUCGUCAAAUGCAGAUGCGUAGACAAGGGUAUGAUGGUUAUCCUGUAGAGCUUCAGGCGACCAGUUCGUUAAUGACCAAUAGUUCAGUUAAUUCUAGUAGUCCGGCUGUAGCUCAAAUUGUUCAACCUCGUCUUGUUGCAGUUGAAAACAGUGAGCCACCACAAAAUGCAUAUAAUAUGACUACCACAUAUUUACAACUUCCUCAGGGAACAAGCCCAAUUUCUCAGGAAUUUAAUUCAGUUAAUGGAAGUAAUACACCUAAUUCAAAUAAAUCUAUGAUUAAUCACUUUAUGAUGAUAUUCGAUAAAUUACAAAAGAGUCAAGAAGAUGUGACAAACAGAUUAAUAGCAUUAAUAAGAGUUUAUCGUGAAUUACAAAAGUUAGAAUUCGACAUUGAAAAAUACAUUGCGAUGCAAUCGGAGAACAAUCUACUCGAUAAAGCGCUCAUGGCAGCUUUUAGACAAUCACAAAUAAUUUGCUUGGAUUCCGAUUAG